AUGCCUACAGAAACAAUCACCGUUACGCCUACUCCCACGUGGGUGCCGCUCAAGAUUGAGGGGCUUGUCCCAGCGCCAUACCGCACCCCAAAGUUCAACCUGAGGGUUGUCCCCUUGCACCCGACCUUUGCAUGUGAGCUUCAAGGCGUAGACUGGAGCAAGGACGUUUCGCCGGAGCUGUACCAGGAGAUCCGCGAGAUCGUUGACAAGUACGGAGUAGUUGUGUGCCGAAAGACGGGUCUUACCGAUGAAGCACACAUCAAGUUCUCGGCCAACUUUGGCGAUCUGGAUGAUGUCAAGCCGUAUCAGAAGGCUGGCCGCACGCAUCGCCUUGCGUACCCUGAGCUUUUCGAUGCCGGAAACAUCGAUCCCAACACCGGCGACGUGGCGCCCCUGACUGCGGCUCAAGUUAUUGGGAACAAGGCCAACGAACUUUUCCACGUGGACUCGUCCUUCAAUGGACGCCGUGCGGGACACUCUCUCUUGCUUGCUCACGUUCUGCCACCUCCUGGCACGGGUGGUUCUACCGAGUACGCCGAUUCGCGAACUGCUUAUGAUGAGCUCCCAGACGCGACAAAGAAGCAGAUCGAGGGUCUCGUGGCCAACCACUCCCUGUUCCACUCGCGCAAAACCGUCAUGCCUGAGUACUUCAAGGAUACCGAUCCCAGCAAGCUCCCACUGAGCAAGCACAAGCUGUCCCAAACCCAUGAGUGGUCUGGCCGGAAGAACCUCUACAUUGCUUCCUAUGUUCACAGCAUUGAAGGACUGGACGAUGCUGCAAGCAAGGCCUUGAUCGCAGAGCUGCUGGCUCAUGUCCAGCAGCCCCGGUAUCGAGUGACCAUUGACUGGCACCAACCUGGUGACAUGAUCAUGUGGGACAACACUUCGGUCAUGCACAGGGCUACUGGAGGCUCGUAUGAGGGCCAGCACAGGCGCGACAUGAGGCGGACGACGGUCAAGGAUAUGAGCCGGGACAAGUAUGGACUGAACGGUGACGGCGCAGACUGGCGCGUCGGUCUUCCUUGA